UGGCAGCGGCCGCCCGCAACCGACGCAAGUAGUCAAUACAAAAACAAAUCAUUGUUUUAAAAAUAAAUAAACAUGCCUGCCGAUUCAAAUAUUAUUGUAGCGGGAGAAGGAAGAAAGGAAGAAAGCCUGUUUCAAAGUCUCACCGAGAGAUCGAAACAUGAAGAUUUUAUAAGGCGGGCGGUAGAUCUUCUAGUAGAAAGAGUUGUCUUUGGUAGGGCUACGAGGACGUCAAAAGUGGUUGAGUGGUCGGCACCUGAGGAUAUCAAGAAGGCGAUAGACUUGAAGCCUCGACAUGGGCCUAUGUCUCACGAGGAGCUACUGGCUAUAAUGGCUGAUGUAGCGCGCUACUCUGUUAACACAGCACACCCUUACUUCGUGAAUCAGCUUUUCUCGUCUGUUGAUCCAUAUGGUCUCAUCGGGCAGUGGCUUACCGACGCCUUGAAUCCUAGUGUCUACACCUUCGAAGUUGCUCCAGUAUUCACUUUAAUGGAAGAAGAGGUUCUGCGUGAGAUGCGCUCGAUCGUUGGAUGGCCCGAAGGCGACGGCGAUGGAAUAUUCUGUCCCGGAGGAUCCAUAGCUAACGGUUACGCCAUAAGCUGCGCUCGGUUCUAUUUUUAUCCAGAGACUAAGAAUAAAGGCGUUAAUGCAGUGCCUAGGCUAGUGAUCUUCACGUCAGAAUUAGCUCACUAUUCUACAAAAAAGAUGGCCGUCUUCAUGGGCAUUGGUAGUGAUAAUUGUAUACUGGUAAAAGCUGACGACAAUGGUCGAAUGGAUGUCAACGACUUAGAGAGAAAAAUUAAUGAAGCUAUAGACGAUGGGGCAACGCCAUUCCUAGUAACUUCUACUUCUGGUACAACUGUUUUUGGAGCCUUUGACCCUAUAGUACCUAUAGCUAGUAUUUGCCAGAAAUAUAAUCUAUGGUUACAUGUGGACGCAGCGUGGGGAGGUGGUGCAUUAAUGUCGAGGAGACAUAGGAGUUUAUUAAAUGGAAUUGAGUUGGCAGAUUCAGUGACUUGGAAUCCACACAAGCUGCUGGCUGCACCACAGCAAUGUUCUACUUUCCUACUCAAACACAAGAAUGUUCUCAAAGAGGCGCAUUCUUCAAACGCAAUGUAUCUUUUCCAAAAAGAUAAAUUCUACGAUACUUCCUAUGACACCGGUGAUAAGCAUAUUCAAUGCGGACGCAGGGCUGAUGUUUUGAAAUUUUGGUUCAUGUGGAAGGCAAAAGGUAGCGAAGGGUUCGAGAAACACAUCGAAAAACUUUUCGACAACGCGAGCUACUUCCUCGAACACAUCAAACAGAGAGAUGGCUUUCGACUCGUUAUUCCGAAACCAGAAUGUACAAACAUUAUGUUCUGGUAUAUCCCUAAGUGUCUUCGAGGCUGCGAAAAUGAGCCGGACUACUAUGAAAGGUUACAUAAAGUCGCGCCGAAAAUAAAGGAACGAAUGAUAAAGGAAGGGAGUAUGAUGGUUACGUAUCAGCCGCAGGGUAACCUGGUAAACUUUUUCCGCAUUGUCUUUCAAAACUCAGCUCUCGAACACAAGGAUAUGAUUUACUUUGCGAACGAGUUCGAAAGGCUUGGAUCGAAUAUAAUUAUCUAGAUUAAUAGGUUUUUUUUUUAAAUUGGAAAUAUACACAAUCUUGUAGAAACCAAUUUUCAUCAUAUACCUAGCCUGUGAUUUUUAUUUAUAAAUUAGCUUUAUAUUCGUUAGACUUAUUUGAUGUUAUGAGUUGAUCUACAUUAUAUCAUGAGAAAUAUACAAAUAAAUGAUUUAUAUAAAUUGUUA